UUGUACCUAACUAGUCGUACGCGACGACAUCUACUGUCUCCUUGUGUAUGUAUGCGAUCAUAGUACGCGACCAGCAACCAACCAAUCGAUCGCAUCAUAGGGCUAUACUAUCGAACGGUACUGAAGAGACUAUCUCGCUGUGCAAGCUUAAGGUCAUAGCAAGCCACCAUUGACAACAAACUCUAAUGAGUGAUAUGAAUUGUAAAAGGUUAACGACUCACGAGUGUCUAAUGUAAUUUAUCUGAUCCGAUUAAAUAAGACAGCAUACCUGGGAUACCUUAUUAUUGUAUCUCUUUAAGUUGAUUAUACCACACCUAUACCCCAACUAUGUUUACUUAUUCAAGAUAUGCGAGUGCGAGAGUGCUCCCUACAUUGGGGCGAUGGCGUACGAAUACUACAUGCCAACCCAGCAUGUGUUCACAAAACUACUCUGUAGCUAACUAUGGCACUACGCAAGAAGCACCCAACAUAGAUCCUGUAGGCGAUAGUACACUAAAUAGCAGUGAUGUGCAUCAACAUAGGGAUAGCCGUGGAGCAUAUCAACAUGACAGUAUGUGUACACAAGCCGAUUCGUUCUCACACGACACCGUAUGUACGAAGAGCUUAAGACCGCCUGUUAUUGAAGGAGAAGCGCACGUGCCUUUGAGUGAGCCUUUAUGUACUACACGCAGUCAGGUUAAAGAGAUCACAGGCUUCCAUUGUAGUCAAAGUAAGGUAGGGCAUGCAAACACGGUCAAUCCGCCCGUUGAUACUGAUCCAGCUACUGAUGCACCAUGUGUCGCACAAGAAGCGGUGUUAAGGGGGGUGAAAGGUGACCCGGGAGUACCAAAUAAAGGGCAGUUACAUCCUGGUAUAAACUUUGGUUUAUUGCCAGAGCAGGUGUCCGUAUACCAGCAAUCUGAUGUGCUGGAGGAGAGAACAGAAUCAAAUACAAACGUACAAUCGCAAGCAUACACUACUAGCACGCCUGAGAGAGGUACCAUCCAAGGUGUUCAUUCUGCUACUCGGGAUGUUGAUGCGAUUAGCAGUACUGGUAGUCUCGAGGUGGACACGGGCCCAAGUACACAGGCUACAGGGACAGACCCUCCCGUGAACCUUUCCAGCCGGGUACGGUACACGACGACCGAUCCCGUACAAAGUACCAAAAGCGAUGGCCCAUUCCGAUUCGAGGUCAUCCACGAGUCCAAAAAAUCCGGGGCACGGGUGGGGGUCAUUCACACACCCCAUGGGGUCAUUACUACGCCUAACUUCGUGGGAGUUGGUACCAACGGUACGAUCAAAGGGCUGACGAGCGAGAUGACUCGGGACACGGGACUCGAGCUCAUGUUCUGCAAUACUUACCACCUGCUGCUGCACCCAGGGCCGGAGAUAAUCAAGGCUGCUGGUGGCCUACACAGGUACGCUAACUACAAGGGACCCAUCAUCACGGACAGUGGCGGUUUCCAGCCUCGUUAG